AUGGCUGGAAAGCACGUGCUCUGCGAGAAGCCGCUGUCAACCAACGUGGAAGAGGUGAGAGUUCCUCAACAACAAGACGGCCUUGCCAAUAUUUACUUCGAAUUAGUAGAUGCCUACCAUAAGGUACAACAAGGGCUCAUAGGCAAACCUAUCAUAAUGAGGUGCCAGAGUUGCGACCUCUUUGAUCCGACUGGCGGGUUUGUGUCAUAUGCCGCGGUCUCCGGGGGAAUAUUUCCUGACGCCAGCAUCCACGAUAUUGACCUUGCGGUUUGGUUCUUUGGGAAAGAUUCCAAGAUCAAGUCGGUUCACGCCAUUGGAACUGCCGCAUGUUACCCACAGCUCCAGAAUUUCAAGGACGCCGACAACGCAAUCGGCACAUUGGAGUUUCAUGAUGGCGGGAUGGUGUCGCUGUUUGCAUCUCGGACAAUGUCGGGUGGUGCAGAAGACUCCACUGAGAUUAUCGGCACCAAGGGCAAACUCGUGGUGAACCAACAACCGAGCAUCAAUAAGGUGCAACUCUACCAAAACGGGGGCAUAUUCCAUGAGAUGCCUCAGAACUAUUGGGAGAGGUUCCACGAUGCCUUCGUCGUCCAAGCGAUUAACUUCACAGCUGGUAUUCUUGAUGAUGGACAGCCUCUGAUUGAGCUUCAGUCUGCUGUAGAAGUUGUGAAAGUUGGUGUGGCUCUGCAAGAAUCUAUGAGGACGGGGAAAAAGAUCUUGUUCGAUGGAAUAGGGAAACGUGUCGAUUAUGCUCAAUUGUAG